AACUUGUUUGUGGCUUGGAUUCUUCUGUAAACACGUGUUGAAGUCACAUGACAGCUGUUUUGAUCAUGUGACCAUUUGUUGUGGAGUUCACUCAUGACUCGUGUGAUCAAAUGAAUCGUGGUCGGUGAGAUCUUAUGAAUCAUUGAUUCAUGACUCUGUGAUCAUGUGAAUCAUUUGUGUUCAGUGUUCAGUCAGUGAUCAGUGCCUCUGUGCUCAUUUGAUUCAGUGGUGUCAGGAGUCGACUCAUGUGAAUCAUUUGUGUUCAGUCUGUAAUCAGUUAUGCGUCUGUGAUCAGAGUCGUUUGUGCUCGGUUGUUUACGGUGAUCGGUGGCUGGUUUGGUUCAGUAGUGAUGAUGAUGAUGAUGAUGAUGAUGAAGGAUCGCUCGCUGCUGGCGGUGUGUGUCGCGCUCGUCGCCGCACUCGGUGGCUCUCUGUCGGUUCCGCCGCAUGAGGAGGUGGCUCGGAUGGCCCGGUUCGUGGUCAGUAAGUGCGACUGGGCUUCGAUGGCCACGAUCUCCACUCACGAUCUGGUCAGAGGACAGCCGUUCUCCAACGCCUUCUCCAUCAGCGACGGGCCCGCGGGCAACGGAACCGGAACCCCGUACCUGUACCUCACACACCUGGAGAUCUCGGUGCAGGACCUGCAGGUGAAUCCCCAGUCGUCUCUGUCCGUGUCUCUGGCUCAGACCAGCUACUGUAAGAAUCACGGAUUCGAUCCUCAGAGUCCACUAUGCGCCCACAUCAUCCUGUCGGGCUCCGUGGUGGAGGUGAAUGGCAGCGAGGCAUCGGUGGCUAAAGCCGCUCUGUUCAGUAGACACCCAGAGAUGAUCGACUGGCCCACCGAUCACAACUGGUUCUUCGCCAAGAUGAACAUCACACAGGUCUGGGUGCUCGAUUACUUCGGCGGAGUGAAAACUGUCACGCCGGAGGAGUAUUACCAAGCCACUCCGUACCGGAAACACAGCGGAAGUGACACGCUGUAAUCCUGGUGAACCGGAUCAGAAUCACUGAUGGAGUGUUUCAGAAGAGACUCGGAUUUAUGAAUGUUUCUCAGGUUGAAUGUGUGUGUGUGUGUGUGUGUGUGUGUGUGUGUGUGUAUGUAUUAAUCACAUGUUGUUAAUUUCUCCAGAACAUUAAUGCAGCAUGAUGUGUCAAUUCCGAAUGAUUUUUGCAGUUUGCACAAGCGCUUUCAUUCGACCCUUCACAGAUUCACACCAAAUGCAGAUUGAAAUCUUAAGAAAGCCUCGUGAGAUUCACGCGUGUCACUCAUAGAUGUUCAGUUUGGUGUCUUUGCCCCUAACCUUUGACCUCUGACCCCUGUGGCAGGAAAUGUGAAUGUGAAGUUUUUGGGUUGUGGCUAGAAGG